AUGAGCGAUUUUAAUCAAAACAUCAAUGCCUCUGAGACAUAUGCGCCAACUCCGGAGUUGAGCGCCAAAGCACAUGUGAAGUCCAUGGAGGAAUAUCAGAGGAUGUACAAGGCUAGCAUCGAAGACGCGGAGAGCUUCUGGGGUGAGAUGGCCAAGCAGUUUCAUUGGCAGACGCCGUUCGAAAAGGUGGGCCCGGAGUUCAAUUUCGACCGCAGCAAAGGACCUGUCUCCGUGAAAUGGUUUCAAGGAGGCAAGACAAAUCUUUCCUACAACUGCCUUGAUCGGAAUGUGCAAGAGGGCAAUGGGGACAAACCAGCCAUGUACCACGAAGGCAACGAUGUGGAUGACGUGCACGCGUCCUUCACAUAUUCGCAGCUCCUGGUAAAGGUUUGUCAGCUUGCGAAUGCUUUGAAGGAGGAAGGCGUGAAGAAAGGCGAUCGCGUCUCCGUCUACUUGCCUAUGGUGGCCGAGCUGCCCUCUGCCAUGCUGGCCUGCGCUCGCCUGGGCGCAGUGCACUCGGUGGUCUUCGGUGGCUUCUCCGCCGAGUCCCUGGCGGGCCGUAUCAUUGAUGCCCAGUCCAGCGUUGUUAUCACCGCGGAUGGCGUGAUGCGCGGAGCGAAGCCCGUGCAGCUGAAGGCGAUCACGGACAAGGCCUGCGAGCUGACCUCGCAGGGUGGAUUCGAGGUGCGGCGGGUGGUGUGCGUGGCGCGGCUGAAGGGCACAGCCAGGGGCGACCAGGCCAAGCACAGCUGGGCGGAGGGCAGGGACGUGUGGUACUCCGACUUCGUUGGGAAGCAAGCCGAGACAUGCGAGUGCGAGUGGAUGGACAGUGAAGAUCCGCUCUUUAUGCUUUACACCUCUGGCAGCACUGGCAAGCCCAAAGGAGUGCUGCACACAACAGGUGGCUACAUGCUCAGUUCCUUUGCCACAAUGAAGUACACCUUCGACUACCACCCCGAGGAUGUCUAUUUUUGCACCGCAGACUGCGGCUGGAUCACUGGGCAUUCUUACGUUACCUAUGGUCCAAUGCUCAAUGCUGCCACUCAAGUGCUCUUCGAGGGGGUUCCAACCUACCCAGAGGUGGACCGCUUUUGGAAGGUGUGCGAAAAGUACAAGGUGUCCAUCUUCUACACGGCACCAACAGCAAUCCGAUCCCUGAUGAAGUCUGGGGACGAGCCGGUGACGCGCAAUGACCUCUCCAGCCUUAGGCUGCUAGGCAGCGUGGGAGAGCCCAUCAAUCCUGAGGCCUGGAAAUGGUACCACCGCGUCGUAGGCGGUGGCCGGUGUGCGAUUGCGGACACCUACUGGCAGACAGAGACGGGCAGCCACCUCAUCACGCCUCUGGUGGGUGCGAUGACUUGCAAGCCAGGCUCCGCCUCUUUGCCCUUCUUCGGAGUGGAGCCGGCAAUUCUGGACGAGAACGGCAAGGAGCAGGAGGGCGAGUGCAGCGGGCGGCUGGUGCUGAAGCGCCCAAUGCCCAGCAUGAUGCGCACGGUCUACGGGGACCAUCAGCGCUUUGAGGAGACUUACUUCUCCCAGUUCAAUGGUUACUACUUCACUGGUGACGGCUGCAAACGAGACAAGGAUGGCUACUACUGGCUCACUGGCCGCAUGGACGAUGUCAUCAAUGUCUCGGGACACCGCAUUGGCACCGCAGAGGUAGAGAGUGCUUUGGUCGCUCACUCCAAGGUUGCAGAAGCUGCUGUUGUUGGCUUCCCCCACGACAUCAAAGGCGAGGGCAUUUGGUGCUACAUUACAUUAAAUGAGGGAGUGGCCUACGACGAUGCCUUGAAAGCUGAGCUGAAGAAGCAGGUCCGGGAGGUGAUUGGGGCCUUCGCGCAGCCGGACGAGAUCCACUGGGCUCCGGGGCUGCCAAAGACCAGGAGCGGCAAGAUCAUGCGGCGAGUCUUGCGGAAGCUUGCCCUGCCAGACUUUGAGACCCAGGAUCUGGGCGACACAUCGACACUGGCAGAUCCAUCUGUGGUGGAGGUGCUGAAGUCCUAUCAUCCUCGCAAAAAGAGCGACGGCGGAUACAAGGUCUUGACUGAGACAGCCCAGAGAUAUGAGUCGGAGAAGGUUCAGGGUGAGGUGGAGAUAGCAGAUGUCAAAGACAUGCUGAAUGCAAAGAGGACUGAGGAAGAGCGAGAAACACGGCGCCGGGACCGCCUUGAGAGCGAGCUGAUCGAGCUCCGGCAGACCAUGGAGGCCCGCGAGCGUACGCUGCGCCAGGUGAAGGCUGAGAUCAAGCAGCAGGAAGAGGUGAAGGCUACAACUGAGAGCCAGCUGAACGUGCAGCGGCAGAUCAUCGAAAACAAGAAGCAGGAGGAGGCCAACUGGCAGCGCCAGAUCGGGGAGCUGAAGCGGCAGAAGCAGGAUGGGAGCGACGCAAAGAAGAAGCUGACUGAGGAGAAUAAUGAGUUGGACAAGGAGCUCAAGGCAAAGUUCGAGGAGAUACGUACCAGUACUGCGGAGCGGGACAAGACAAAGAAAUCCUUGGACCUUCUCAAGCGGCGGAAGGCGUUAGAUGACGAGGAACGCCACGAGAUGAACCUGGCGAAGGCUGUACUCAAGACAGAGGCGGAAAACCUGAUCCGCGAGAUAGAGAUGCUGAAAAAGCAAGCAGAGACAGAUAGCAAGACCAUCGCCGAUAUCCUGCGCGAUCGGGAGUCGCUGAACCGAGCGCUGAUUCGCUGCGAUGACAGAACAAAAGAUCAGUCGAAGAAGGUGAAGACCCACGACGAUGAAGCCCAGCAGCUGGAGGAGGAGGUAAAGCAAGUGAAGCUGGACGUGCAAGAUGCCAUCAAGCAGGCCUAUGAUUUGGACAAGACCAGGGAAAAGUAUGGCCUUGAGUGUUCCCUGGCCAACAGCAAGUACAUGGCCGCGCUAGAGGCGAGCAGCUUGACGCGCUUGGUGUAUUUUCAGGCAUGCAUCGUGCCAGGAGCUCAAGAAUCGCGACAAUAA